AUGAAAAACGUGUUAAUUUUAGAAAAAAUACGCGAAAUUUGUAAUACAGCUAAAAUUAUUGCUUUACUAAGUGCUGGGCAUAGUGAUUCUUUUGUUGAAAUAGCUAAACAAUAUUGUCUUCAUGUAUGUCUUGGUAUUGAUGUUUUUGGUAAAACUGUUGGAAUUGAUGGUAUUGAAAUUUGUGCAAUAAAUAUAUUUUUAGGAUUUGGUUGUAAAGUUUUAGCAUAUGAUAUGAAACCUCAUGAAACAACUGCCAAAGAACAAGGUUUUCAAUAUGUUACAAUGCAUGAAUUAUACUUCGACAAAGUGAUAUCGAUAAAAAUGAAACAAGGUGCAAUGUCAAUUAAUACAAAUCGUGGUGGUUUAGUCGAUACAAUAGCUCUUGUUGAGUACCUUAAAUCAGGAAAAAUACGAGAAGCUGUAUUUGAUGCAUAUGAACAUGAAGAUAAAUACUUUUAUCUAGAUUUCAGUGAACGAGUUAUGAAUGACGAUACAUUAGCACGUUUUAUUUCAAUAUCAAAUACAAUUGUUACAUCACAUCAGGCAUUUCAUACAGAAGAAGGAUUGAAAACAAUUGCAGGAUCAAUUGUUCAAAGUUUUCUUGAUUCUUUUCUAAUGAAUCAAAAAAUGAUACAGUAA